AAGAGAAGAGUGCUCCGCCUGUGCAUUUGCGGAUUCUACAGGCGUUUUCACCACAACGCACCUGUCCCUUGAAGACCAGGACAUUGACUUUCCGCUUAUUCAUCUGCUCAGAAUACUGGCCACAUUCAUGGUCUAUGUGAAUCUGAAGUUUAUCAUGGCAGGCCACCUGCCCCUAACUAAUCGGGAUGCAUUCGUUGGCACCGUAAAUCGCUACUGGAGCUUGCCAUAUCGUCUGCCGCUGCUUCCCAGCGAUCUGCUGCUGCUGCUCAGCGGAUUCCUCAACGCCAACCAGCUGUCCCAUCAAAUGGAGGCCACCUGCCGCUUGAGUUUUGUGCGCAAUGUGGCCACCAAGGCGUGUCGCUAUGUGCCCACCAUUCUCGCGGUUCUGGGCUUCCAAACUUGGAUACUGCCUCAUUUGGGCACCGGUCCGCUGUGGCAGUUGCUGGUGGCUGAGAAUGCUCGUCUCUGUGAGGAGAACAUGUGGCGCAGUGCGUUGAGUAUGCAGAAUACCGCCGACAUGGAGGACAUGUGCUCGCCAUUCACCGUGCAACUCAGCUUGGAUCUGCAACUGUAUUUCUUGGGCGCCCUUAUUGUUUGGUUGUAUUUCACCGAUCCCGAGGCUGGUUUCUUUCUAUGCGGCGCCUUUCAUGCGAUGUCCGUUGCAGCACGCUAUUCUCGCACCCAACGCGAGCACCUGGCACCAUCUCUAUUCCACGGCUUACACGUAAACAAAUUCUAUCGAACUGCGAACCUAAUUUACACAUCGCCCAUAACACGAGCCACCAGCUAUCUCUUGGGCAUUGGAGCGGCUCUCCUGUUCCGCAGCGAGUCCGGGGUCUUUCGGAUACCCACACGCUUCAAGCGUGCCGGCUGGGCACUCGCUGUGCUAGCACUCGCCUGGUGCUUGUGGUCACCGGCCGCCGGUUUGACGAGCAAAUACGUGUACAAGUCAACGGAUGCGGCUGCAUACUUAGCCUGGAGUCCCUUGAUACUUGGUCUGGAUGAUUUUGAUUGCUCCAUUGGAUAAGAGCAUUGUGCAACGAUUUCCGCAUAUUGCUCGACCAGUGGUGCUUCUGUCACGCCUAGAGAUCCCACUGCAAUUGGCCAGCUAUGUGGUGGUACUCUGGACUACGGCGAGUGUCAAGGAGCCGCAUCAAUUUCUAAUGUCUGAUUUGAUCAAUCUGCAGGAGAUAGCGUGCAUUGUGUUGUUCGCACUGAUUGUCGCCUUUCUCAUUGAUUACCCGGCUCAAGAGAUUGGACUCUUGAUACUAGAUUUCAACUUUAGUGGCCCGCUUUUGACGCAGUCAAAGGAUAAGGAUGGAGCAGCUGAUGACGCAUCCAUGGAGGAGAGCACUGAACUUAAAUCGGACUCGCCAGAGCCAACCGAUUCGAUUUGGCCAUCGGAAUCGGAUCCUGAAGAUGAGAAAUCCUCUGAAUAAUGUAAUGUUUCAAUUACAAUUAUCUAUUUACAUAUAUAAUUUCCAUAUUAAAGUUCAUAGCGAAUUGAUAGUUGAACAAUGUAAUAAAAGACAAAAUUCGACUUGUAAAUUCCCGGUAUAAUUUAUCUUAUAAUUAGUUCAGAAUCAGGAUCAAUAAGUUUCGAAUAUUUGGAAAAGUAUUUGGAGCAUAUGAAUUAUCAUCAAAUAAUCAGUUCUAUCAUCCCUAAUUGACAUCAUAGUUUUUAAGUAUUUUACUUUGAAAAAAAAUUUAUCUUCAAAUAUUUCAAAUUUAAACAAAAUACCUUUUAUCUCCUAAUCAAAACACGUUUUCCCCCAUAAAAAGCCAACGGUUUUAAAAACGAAGAAAGCUUCACUAAAAUCGUUAACAUGUUUGCAAAUUAAAUUCAGAUUAUUGCGGUGAUCAUUCAAGAUUAAGUACCUUUCAUAUUUAUUGUAUAAAUUGCCAAACUGAAGCAAAUACUUUAUAGAAAUGCUGUACAUGCUGAUCCCGCCGCAUGAGGCAGCAAAGAACUACAUUAAUCCUAAACCUAUUAGUCUUUGGCACAAGAGCCUAUCGGUGGCGAUUAUGUAUAUUUGUAGGUGUGGGUGUGUUAUCUCCAAGCUGAGAGAGAGUGUGUGUGUGAGUGUGUUAUGACGCUUGAUCUUUCACUUUUCGCUGACGCAGCGAUUGGACAUCUGAUGUUUUCUCCUGAUGUGCCCUAUUGGUGGACUUGUCCAGCAACAAGAGAUCAUCGGUGCUGCUGCUUUCGCCAACAUCGGAAAUGUCGAAUUUAUCCAUCGAUGAGUCGUGAUAACUGGACUCAUCCUCAUCGCGCAAACUGCUCGUGCUGUCGACAAUCACCCGGCUGGCUUGGCUCUGCAGCUGAUUGGUGAAGCGGGCGUAUCGGAUCUGCAUGUUACGGAGCCAGGUGGCAUCGGACCAGUGGUACCAGCUGAGCAGAAAAACGACCAAUAUAAAGAAUAGAUUGGUGCUAAUGGCUGAAAAGGGAGUACACACAACAGAAAUACCAAUUUAGUUUAAUUAACGACUUUAACAAUUAGUCAGUUCUCUAAUAGAGUAAACCAAUUUAAAUCAACUAGGCAAUCAUUAUCCAGACCAAAACGAUCACACAACAAGAAGAUCACAAAAACAACACUUACCCACAAUGGCCGAGAGCACCGGCCAAUUGAACAUGAUGUAGCGCAGUCCAGAGAAAUCCGCCUCGAUGUGCAACGUCACCGUGUAGAACUGUAUCUUUUGUGAUUGUAUCUCGACAUAGACGUCUGUAAUGGGAUGCUGGCGUUCCUCCAAAUACUGUGAGAAUAUCUCGACGGGCACCUUCUGGAACUCCUCCUUCCAACCAAGCACAUAGAGCGGACUCAGCGCCCACGUGGAAAACAGGCGUACCAAUGGCGAACGGUAUCGCAUCAUUGCAGAGCGACACGAAUGUCCGCGCAACAUUGAAUCAUAGUCACGCAUCUCAGCGCACACCAUAAACAUGCCCAGCUCCAAAUUUUGCGGUGACUCCGGCAUAUCGAUGUUGACAAUCACCUUGUACGCCUGGCCCACCAUCAGAAGUUGUUGCUUCUUCGUCAGCGAGACAUGAGCGUGUGGAAAGGUACACGGUGUACUUGUCUCAAGGCAUGUUCUGUAAUUCGCAUGAAUGAAAUGACAAUGAUCAGAGGUCAGAGGUCAGCGAUCAACUAGCUACUCACUUGAACUGCAUGUGAACGGGUCGCGUAUGCGAUAUUGGUGGCAUGUAGACAUAAUAGAAGGCGGCAUAUAUGAAUACGGCCAGCCAAAUAAUUAGCACCACAGCAAAUGCGAUCAGUCCCAGGCGCAACACCAGCUCCCUUAAGGUGUCCACCUUUUCAUCGGCUUUGCUGCGAAGGCGAUCGUACACAUUGAGCGUAAGAUUGACUGCGGGUCGCACAAAGAAGCGACGACCCAGGCCCAGCGGAUCGCAGCAGAAUAUUAUGAAACGCAGCAGGAAGUUCAUCUUGUUUAUGUCGCUAUAGCUGUUGUUGCGUCGUCUAUCGUCGCGACGUCGAUCGACGAUCGUAUGAAUCGAGUAUCAACUCACCAACUACAGUUUGGGGGCGACUAUUAAAUACAUUUAUUGUUAUAAUUGACUGCUUAUCGGCGAUAUAGCGCUGUGGGUAAUUGCCAGAUUUGCAUGGUAUGAAGUUCAAACUUUGAACGGCCGAAGCCGAACCAUUAUCAGCUGUGUUAACAGGUCUAAUCAUUCGCUAGCUGCGCUGAAUCACUCACUUGCACGUCUUUCAAAUGCCAAGCAUCGAUGUUGCUCCACUUCUUAUCAACAACUUGCCAAAAAAACCUGGAAAACAAUCGACGGCACUAUCGAUACAAUCGAUGUUUCUUAAAUUUGUUAAACAUCGAUGGUUCUUAAAUAAGAAUCAUGAUCUCUGAUCAAACAA